AUGAUAGCCUUCUGUCUGGAGCUGGCUGGGAAAAUGAAGGAAAGCUACCUUUCGGACGAUCCGAAGCACGUGGCCCUGCUACCAGUGUUGCGAGAGAAACUUCGUACGCUGCAAUCGUCGGAUCCUGCGGCAACACCUCCACUAUCACCGUCUCCGCCACCGCCAUCGCUGUACUUCGAAAGCUCGUCCAUCUCGUCGCGGUCGUCGAUUGUGGAGCCGUUCGAUCUGAACGUGGCCUCGCUGUACCAGGUUUUCCACGUGAAGCGCGCCGCACGAAGCUGGAUUGAGGCAAACUUUCAAAAGCGGGAGUGCAUUAAGUUCAUACCGAGUCCAAAGAAUGGCGAAAUAUGCUGUUGUGGUCAGGAACGGCGCACCCACCAGUUCCCGGCAGGCUGCGAAACCGGUGUCCUGGGUGACAGUUGGCAAGCAUCGAAAAACACCCGACCCCAGCCUACUGAUGCGUACGGUACGAUCGAGUUCCAGGGCGGCGCUCAUCCAACGAAGGCCCAGUACGUUCGACUAUCGUACGAUACGCGGCCCGAGCUGUUGGUGCAGCUGUUCACACGCGAAUGGAAUCUCGAGCUACCGAAGCUACUCAUCACGGUGCAGGGCGGCAAGGCAAACUUCGAGCUGCAGCCAAAGUUGAAAAAGGUGCUCCGGAAGGGCCUGCUGAAGGCAGCCAAAACCACUGGAGCAUGGAUAUUUACCGGCGGAACCAACACGGGUGUAACGAAGCAGGUUGGUGAUGCGUUGUUGCUCGAGGGCCAGCAGCGGUCCGGACGCGUGGUAAGCAUCGGCAUCGCCCCCUGGGGUAUCGUGGAACGUAACCACGAGCUGCUCGGACACAACCGAGACGUUCCAUGCCACAGCAUCAGCUCGCCAAGGUCGAAACUGGCCGUGCUGAACAACCGGCACGCUUACUUCCUGCUCGUUGACAACGGCACCCAAGGCCGGUACGGAGCGGAGCUGAUCCUUCGAAGGAAGUUGGAGAAAUACAUAUCGAAUCAGAAGCUGCAACCCUACAAGAUGCUGUCGUCGCUAAUGAAUUUCCACUACAAAGUUACCCACUCGAGCACCCCCGUAGUAUGCUUGGUAAUUGAAGGUGGUACAAACACAAUCAGAGCUGUGCUAGAAUACGUCACCGAUAACCCACCGGUACCGGUAGUAGUGUGUGAUGGGUCAGGCCGGGCAGCGGACCUAAUAGCGUUUGUACAUAAGUACGCGACGGACAACGGCGAGCAGACGGUGCUGGAGUCGAUGCAUGACUAUGUCCUCGGUAUCAUACAGAAGACGUUCGAAGUCAGCCCGGAGCAAGCGGAACAGCUGUUCCAGGAACUGUUGCAGUGCACGAAGAACAAAAAUCUCAUCACGGUGUUCCGGAUUCAAGACCGACCGGAGGGCAAAACUCAGGAACUGGACCAAACGAUUUUAACUGCACUUUUUAAAUCACAGCACCUUAGUCCACCGGAGCAGCUCAGUCUGGCGCUUACCUGGAACCGGGUCGAUAUCGCCCGUUCGGAGAUCUUCGUAUAUGGGCAGGAGUGGCCUCACGGUGCGUUAGACGAGGCAAUGAUGCAGGCGCUCGAACAUGACCGCAUCGAUUUCGUGAAACUGCUCCUCGAGAACGGCGUGUCAAUGCGCAAGUUCCUUACGAUCCCUCGGCUUGAGGAAUUGUACAACACCAAGCAUGGUCCGGCAAAUACCCUUGGGUAUAUCCUACGCGAUGUUCGCCCACACAUCCCAAAGGGGUACGUGUACACCUUACACGAUAUCGGACUCGUCAUCAACAAGCUGAUGGGUGGCGCGUACCGAUCGUACUACACGCGUCGUAAAUUCCGCCCCAUCUACGCGAAGGUGAUGAACAGCUACGUCAACACACAUCGGAAGCCUUCCACCUUCCAGCGGACGGCUGGCAUCAAUUCGAUGAGCCUCGUCACAGGCCUGCUGCCAGUCACUACUGACAUGGCACUGUUCGAGCUGCCGUUCAAUGAGUUGCUGAUCUGGGCCGUGCUGACAAAGCGCCAGCAGAUGGCGCUAUUGAUGUGGACGCAUGGGGAAGAGGCUCUUGCAAAGUCACUGGUCGCCUGCAAGCUGUACAAGGCGAUGGCGCACGAGGCAGCUGAUGAUGAUCUCGACACAGAGAUCUACGAGGAGCUUCGUAGUUACGCGAAGGAAUUUGAGAGUAAAGGACUGAAGCUGUUGGACUUUUGCUACCGGCAGGAUGCUGAGCGGGCCCAGCGGCUGCUGACGUGUGAGCUGCAGUCCUGGUCCAGCCAGAGCUGUCUCUCGCUGGCGGUGGCGGCCAACCACCGCGCCAUCCUGGCCCAUCCCUGCAGCCAAAUCAUCCUGGCUGACUUGUGGAUGGGUGGAUUGCGCACGAGAAAGAACACCAAUUUAAAGGUUAUUUGUGGACUGUUAUUUCCCAUCUUUGUUAGAAAGCUAGACUUCAAGUCUAAAGAGGAGCUACAGCAGAUGCCGCAAACCGAGGAGGAACACCUGGAGAACCAAUACCUGGACUACGAGGAUCGUGAUAAGAAAGACACGGACGCUGAGAAAGCCCUUGCAAACUCGACCCAAAGUCCGAAACCCGCUGGCGACAGCCCAGCACCAACACCGCAGGCGCUUCUGUCCGAUACGUACUCAAUGAAAGAUACCAAAGUGCAGGAGAACGGAAAAGUAGGUCUGACCGGAUGCUUGAGCUCAAAAGUGUCCUUAACGGACUCAGAAAACACGCAGUACAAGGACUACCAGUUCGAUAGUGACGGUCGGCAGCAGCGCCCGCUAAAGUUGAAGAAGAAGUUCUACGAAUUCUACACCGCACCGAUCACGAAGUUUUGGGCCGACUCGAUGGCGUACGUGUUUUUUCUCGUCCUGUUCACGUACACCGUGCUGGUACGGAUGGAGGAAACACCGAGCUGGCAGGAGCUGUACGCCAUCUCGUACAUCACCACGCUGGGCUGCGAGAAAAUUCGGGAGAUCGUAUCAUCGGAACCGGUGGCCAUAUCGCACAAGUUUUCCGUGUGGGCCUGGAACAUGUGGAACCCGUGCGAUGCGGCCGCCAUCAUCUUUUUCCACAUUGGACUGGGGCUGCGGUUACGACCGUACACGAUGGACAUCGGCCGGGUGAUAUAUUGCGUAGAUAGCAUCUACUGGUACUUGCGGAUAUUAAACAUUCUAGGUGUAAACAAAUACUUGGGACCACUGGUGACGAUGAUGGGCAAGAUGGUUAAGAACAUGAUCUACUUCGUGGUUUUGUUGCUCGUGGUUUUGAUGAGCUUUGGCGUGAGUCGGCAGGCGAUUCUUUUCCCAAACAACGACGCCAGCUGGCGGUUGGUGCGAGACGUGUACUAUCAACCAUACUUCAUGCUGUACGGAGAGGUGUUUGCUGAUGAUAUCGACCCACCAUGCGGAGAAGAUCCAUCGCAGCCACCGUGCGUGACAGGCCACUGGGUGACCCCGAUUGCCAUGUCGAUGUAUCUUUUGAUCGCGAAUAUCUUGCUGAUCAACCUGCUGAUCGCGGUAUUCAACAACAUCUUCAUCGAGGUGAACGCCGUCUCACAUCAGGUGUGGAUGUUCCAACGGUUCACGGUCGUAAUGGAGUACCAGCAGAAACCGGUUCUCCCACCGCCACUGAUCGCUCUCUGCCACUGUUACUCUCUGCUGCGGUACGCGAUCCGCAAGGCGAAAGGACUGCAAGAGUCUCGCGACAAUGGGCUGAAGCUGUUUCUCGAGAAAGAAGACAUGGAGCGAUUGUAUGACUACGAGGAAGAGUGUGUCGAGGGGUACUUCCGUGAACAGGAGAUCCUUCUGCAACAGUCGACUGAGGAGCGCAUCAAAAACACGGACGAGCGAGUCGAUCACAUGGCACAGAAGAUCGAAGACAUCAACCAGAAAGAGAACAUCCAGAGUGCGGCGGUUCAGAACAUCGAGUUCCGGUUGCGAAAGGUGGAGGAGUCGGCCCAACAGAUCCUGAACCAUCUGGGCGUGAUUCAUCGGUUCAUGUCGGCACACACGCACAUCAGUGACACGCAAGGUUCGACGGGCAACGUCAGUGGUAACUUGCCAACGGGUAGCAUCGCAGCAGGUAUGGUGAUGGAUCACCGAACACGUACCAUCUCCGAGAGUGAUAGCUACAUCAUGCCACCGCCGACUGGGACGCGCAAGAAGUUCAACCGAUCACUGACGGAAGUGCGCCCGGAUGCGUACAUUUUCGACGAUGGGAAGCACCUUGAGGUGCGCACCGUGCUGGAGGAGAACGAAGCGGAACGUUCACCUGAUCAGAUCUCGCAGCAGUUCGAGCGGGAUCGUAAGUUUUCCAUCCGCUCGGAAGACUCGGAAGUAUACCCGAUGGGUAGCGUCCCGAAAGUUCUUUCGCCAGCUGAUUCCGCCACUGCCGCGGCUAAGCCUUCGCCACCACCACAGCCACCUCCGUUCCUAAGCAUCCGUCAGGACACGGCUAGUACCGAGAGCAAGGACACGCUGACGCCAUUGGAAGGAGCCGACGAUCGGACGCUUGUGGGUGAUGAAUCGGUGGAUGACAUGGUGGAAACGACUUUCGAAGGGCUUCGUCAACGAACCGGCCGUCGACGGAACUCGUCGAUGUGUGGUCCUGGUGCAGGAGCUGCUGCAGUAGGCGCAUCCUCGGUGGGAAAUGUCCUGGCAGGUGGGAGUAUCGGUGGUAGGAGAAACUCCGAGAGUGCAUCGGGAGGUGGGUUUGACAUUAACAAAUCGCAGAACAGCUUAUAUCAGCUGGGCUACGCCAAACGGCAACACAGCAUCACACAAUCGGAACCGGAUAGUGGCAAUGAUCAGCCUGCCCAGCGGUCCGUUUCAAAGGGUCGGCACUUGUUGCUGCAGAUUCAUAACGAGUACACCUCGAUCACGGACGAGCUGGAGAGUCACAUGAUCGUGUCACCGACCAGCUCACUUAGGGAAGACCGUCAGAAAAACGUCACCGAGCUGACGAACCCCGAGUUUGCCGCACUGAUCGAGAAGCAACACCUGAAGGAGUGCGAGGACAAUGACUACAUGGAGAUGGAGAAGCUGUUCCAGACGCGCUGUUCGCUUGAGGAUAGUGAUGACUACUUCGACGACACCGAACCGGACGAGCCGGGUCCGCGCAAGAUGUUACGCCGUGAGACAGCCAUUGAGCUACCGGUGACUCCUUCCAAGUCAAACAUCGUCUCACUGGCAGACAGCGCCACGGCAGCCCACGAGGACUUCGCGCUGAAGCACGAACGUCAGGUGGCGUCGAACCGGAACUCUUUGCGAGACUCGAAAAACUCGCCACUGUCACUGUCGAGUCAGAACUCGCCACGCAACUCGCAAUACAUGCCGUCGGCGUUCCUCAACCCGACAGUGUGUGAUGCUGCCGCUGGCCGGUUGUACAAGAAGUCCUACGAAAGCCUGCAGAAGAACUCGAGCACCGACACGGAGUACUCGCUGCAGCCGUACCGGUUCAUCAAGCAGAGCUCAAACGAGACAAACAGCUCGUUCAACAUCGACAACUCGUCGAUCACGAACGAUCUCUCGAUCGACGGUGAGACGAGCCUCAACUCGACCGUCAUCGAGAUGGUUUCAGGCCCUUCAAUGGCCGCAACGGUGGCUGCCGUGGCGGCAGUCAGUGACGGUUUCCAACCCACACGCACCUCAUCACUCGGUAGCAGCUCGGUGGCGGCUGAAAUGCGCCCAAGUCUUCUCAAGAAGGGCGUCAGCAUGGGCCGAGAAGGUGGUGGCUCCAUCCCGGAGGGACUGGAACGUGUGGGACCAGGAGUGGGGCCAGGCCCAAGUCCGAUUCCAAGCAAACCACCCCGAACGACCCGGUUCACUGACAGUCUGAGCGUUCUGGGUGCCAAGACGGUGUUAAGCCUGCUGAAAGAGAGCAGUUCCACCAGUACGGAGGAGGGUCCGAUUGGUGGGAGGCGGGCAGACGUGGGUGGACCCAUUCCGUGCAUCAGCACGAACCUGGUGCAGGACGAAAUCGCGAAGCUAUCGUCCAACAUCAAGAGCAGCACCGACGAGGAUGCCGAUCCACCCUUCAACGAAACCAUGUGCUGAUUUUAGUUGUGCCCUCCGACAGAGGUUAACGUUAGCUGUUAGAUGUGGGUGAGAAGGACUCGCCCAAGGACUUCUCAUCACACGCGCGAAGACCACCGCCAAGCGGCGGCGGUACAUAUCAGAUGGUUAAACUUCUUUCCUACCGAUGCUGUUGCUGUAGAACGAAAACCACCCUCCACCCACGUUACUGUUAUCGCGCACAAGCGCGUCCGUGCAGUCGAUCGCAAGUCGACACUUGGAGCAGAAUGUUUAAACCCGCACUCCUUUCCCAGUGAUCAUGAUGAGCUUUAUUUUACGCGUGCAAGCGUUACCCGCGCGAUCGUUAACGCAUCCGUUUGAUUGCUUGUUCGGUAGAUCUGUGGUGCUGUGUUGAUGACUGUUUGUGACACCCAAAGUGCGCGAAAGAAGCGAAAAGGAGAACGUUUAAAGCCCUGUGUGCUAUAUUGCGACCGGUUUGAGCCGGCAUUGAAGUUUGGUGUAUAUUUUACCUGUAGCCAGUUGGAGGAUGCGUUGUUCUAAGCGUUUAGUUUAAGGAACGGUGCACGCACGCACGAACCGUGGUAUCAUCAGAACAACUGCCAGAACGGAAAGAGAGAAUGAGAAGGUGCUCACAGGUGCGCUUAGAGGAUCGGUUAUUUAUUGUUGCUCUUUAAACCUCGCUUUUUUCACGCUCGGAUGCGAUUAUGUUCAUAUCGAUGUUUUAUGUACCGUGUAUUAUUUGUAAAGGGCGUGUAAAUAUUACGAUUACGUCAGCCAUUUUACCCAGUUUGUGGGCUUAAUUUCACGCGCGUACUCGCGUACGCUCACACACAUAGCUCACCGUAGUACUCCACCUCGACACUUGUUCUUUUGGUUGCGUGCGGUUUUGUCUCGGACCACAGGAUCUCACCAAAAGGCUGUCAAGGCCACCGCGCGAACGCAAAAGCAACCAUCCCGCGUCCUGCAUGAGUUGUACUCAAAUGUGACAAUAUUAUUAAAUUUAAUCAGUAUGAUGAAUAGUGCAGCAAGAGCUACUUACAAGUACGAGAGGCGAUGCAUUUGAACGUCAAAGGACAAAGUCAUAGGGCUAGACCCGAUUCAGAUGAUAGGGAAGCGAUGUGUGGGAUCGUGAGUACGAUUACUCCAAAGUCAGCGUUGAAGCGUCGGAACAAUAAUUCGUUAGCGAACAAUAAAAUAGGGUUGUACCGAGAGGAGUGAGAUACAUCUACCACCAUGAAGGUAGGAGCACGUAUGUAUCCCUGUUUGCGGAUCGCAGGUGUUUUAUUACGAGUGUUGUGCGGGUUGGUGCACAUUGGUUGCAGAUAGGUGCUUUUGUGCCGAACACCGGCUCACAGGGCUGUGUGUCGCGGUUAGGCGGUGUUUCUGUUGCGUUAUUUCCCCAAGGAUUUAGUGAUAAACGAAAGGCGACUGAGAGCGACAACUGCACCAUUCAGGAUCGAAGCGCACAUGGUUAUCACAGGUGUUGCGAAAUAAAUACAAUCGAA